ACUAAGAUAUCAUAUAUGGACACACUUUAAGAUUUAGAUAAACAUCAGUUAUUGAUAGACAACUACAUAUCGUUUUGAACCACAUUCAUCUUGAUCAUGGGCCUCGCUGCUUCUGUUACCGAUAAACCUGAGGUUCAGAGCGAAGAAGAGAAGCUGAAGCACUUGGACUUUGUCGAAGAUGCUGUACAGCAAGCAGUUGGUAUUGCAUCAACAGUAUACGAUUAUGUAAAGGACAAAGUUGGUCCUCUUAAACCUGGCGUUGUGACGAUAGAGACUACUCUCAAGAGUGUUGUUGGCCCUGCUAUUGAUAAGUUCCAAGAUGCCAAUGUUGAGGCCCUCAAGUUUGUUGAUCGUAAGGUUGACGAGGUACUUCCUUCUGCUGUGAAGGACAUAACAGCUACAGCCAAAAGCUUGUCAACUGAGGUGGUCUCCGACGUCAAGAAUAAUGGUUUGGUGGAAACCGCCAAAGAACUGUUAGUAAAAAUCGAGCCAGCUGCUGAGGAAUAUGCUUCUUCAGCUUGGGAAACUCUUAGUCAAAUCCCCCUUCUCACUAAAGUCGCUAUGGCUUUUGCACCAGCAGCCACUUUGGUUGCUGAAAAGUACAACGAAACGGUGCAGCAAACAGCAGAAGAAGGGUACAAGGUUUCUUCAUUCCUGCCAUUGGUGCCCACCGAGAAGAUUGCAAAGGUAUUCACCAUCCCUGAAGCUGAACCAGCGGAGGUUGCUGGAGGAGAAGAAGCUGCAGAGGUUCCUGGGGAAGAGGGAGAAAUUGGCGAGGAAGGUUGAUUGGCAUCGAUGUGUAUGGUGACGUGGUUUUAUGUUCAUAUUGUAAGGUAAGUGAAAAUAUAUUAUGUUGGUUUACGGGGCCGUGUAUUUCUUUUGUGAAGUUUUUAAAUGUAGUCGUCAUGUCACUAGUUUCGGGCUUUCGAAAGAAAAUAUCUAUGUUCAUUGUCCCAUUUAUAAUCAACAAAAUUAUACGUAAGAGUUAAGGUGU